GAGUCAGUCUGAUACAUUUGACACAAUAAACAUACAUAAACAGACUGAUGCUAUCAAACUGAAAUGACCAAACAAUUACAUUUAUAUUAUGCACUUUGUUAGCAUCUUUUCACUGGUCUUUACUUUUGUCCUCCCAACACUUCCUUUGGAAGAUUGUGCACAAGGUUUGGCAGCUGAUUUGUACUUUCUAGUGGAUUCAUCAUGGAGUAUGGGUCAAGAGAACUUUGAGCAUGUCAGACACUUUCUGUACAGCUUGAUACAAUCUCUGCACCAGGUCGGAGGAGAAAGGUUUAAAUUUGCCCUUGUACAGUACAAUAGCAGGCCCCACACUGAGUUCCAGCUCAACAGCUACAAAACUGCACAGGGAGUCCUGGCACACAUCAAGGCUAUGUCUUACCGUGGUGGGGGCACGCGAACUGGCCUGGGUUUGGAUUUUCUGAUACAUACACAUUUGACCGCUGCUUCGGGCAGCCGUGCUGCUGACGGAGUCGCCCAGGUGGUGGUGGUGCUAACAGACGGCCGCUCGCAGGAUGAUGUUGCCGAGCCAGCUCAAGUGCUGCGGAUGGCAGGCGUGGAGAUGUUUGCAGUUGGAGUUCAGGAUGCAGUGGACUGGGAGCUCAGGGAGAUGGCUAGCCAGCCUCAAAGCACUCACGUUUUCAGUGUAGACACUUUCCCAGCCUUACAGAGUAUAAUUCAAGAUUUAGUUGUGGGACUUUGUGAUGCAGUGACCCAGUCAGGGGGGUUUCCUGUGGCAAAUGAGGCCCCUGUGGCUGGAGGAGGGACAGCACAAGACACAGCUGACCUAGUACUGUUAAUUGAUGGAUCACAGAACGUUGGAGCAGCAAACUUCCCGUAUGUGCGUGAAUUGGUUUUGAGAAUCAUUGAGCGCCUUGAUGUGGGCAGGGACACUGUUCGGGUGGCCUUGGUCCUGUACAACAGCAGCCCAGAGAUAAAGUUCUAUCUAAAUAGCUUUUACAGCAAAUCAUCAGUCCUGGAUGCUGUGAAAGCCCUCACCUACACAGGGGGCGAUGAGUCUAACCUGGGGGCUGCCUUGGAGGAAGUGGCCGAGAGCCUUUUAAGUGAAACAUCUGGGAGCAGGGCUGACGAGGGUGUGCCCCAGAUGUUGGUGGUUAUCACUGCCGGGCCAUCCACUGAUGAUACUGGUGCUGGUGACCGAGCUCUUAAGAGGGCCAGUGUUAUCACAUUCGGCAUGGCGAUUGGCGAUACUGCCACUGCAGAUCUGGAAACAAUUGCUACAGAUAGAAGUUUUGUCCAGUCAGCAUCUGAUGUCAGAGAACUUACAAACAUUGGUGACCAACUGCUCCCACUCAUUAACGGGGUGAUCCAGCGCACUAUUAUAGUUCAGAAUGAGUUCACAGAAGUUAUUCAGUCGAAAACAGUUGGAAAUCGAGACAUCAUUUUCCUUAUUGAUGGUACAAUGGGAACAGCAUACAUUAACUCUGUGCGGGCUUUCAUCAGAGAGUUUGUGGAAAGCAUGCCAAUCGGUCCAGAUCAAGUUCAAGUGGGUAUUGCACAGUUUUCUGCUUCCCCGAAAGCUGAGAUGGAUCUCAACACCCAUGGGAGCAAGGAGAAUAUCAUUUCUGCUUUGGGAACUAUCAGACCAAGACCAGGACAGGUGGUCAACAUUGGAGCAGCCUUGAACUUUGUCCGGGAAAGAAUGUUGCAGCCAGAGAAGGGCAGCCGUAUUCAGCAGGGUGUACUCCAGCUUGUAGUGUUGUUAACCAGCAAAAGAUCCAGUGAUAGCGUGGAAGAACCUGCGAAUGCCCUGAGGGAACUAGGUGUGUUGACCCUGGCUGCAGGCGCCAGGGCAGCUAAUGAGCAGGAGCUGAAGCAAAUCGCCCUUGGUGACGAUGCUGUGUUCUACGAGAAGGAUUUGCGAACACUGAUUCGAAAGAACAAAGAGAAAAUGAUAAGUGCUCUUUCUACUUUAGCUGGAGGAGUACCCACCACAACAGUGACGGAGGAAACCAUAGUGGAGACCACAAAAAUGGUCAGAGACAUUGUCUUUCUUGUGGAUGGCUCAAACUAUGUUGGCAGCAGUAAUUUGCCCUAUGUGAGAGACUUCAUGAUCAAUACGAUCAACCAACUUGAUGUAAGUCCCGACAGGGUCCAGAUUGGUCUCCUGCAGUUUGCUGACCGUCCAAAAAUAGAAUUUUACCUGAGCAACUACAGGACCAAGGAAGAGGUUGUAGAAAAAAUCUCUCAACUCAGGCUGACUGGAGGCUCAGCUUUGAAUACAGAAGCUGCCAUGAAUUAUACCCUGGACAACAUGUUUCACUCAUCAAGGGGGUCACGCAGAAGGCAAGGAGUCCAGCAGGUGUUGGUUCUGAUCACAGGUGGUCCACUUCAAGAUCAGGUUAAAUCUGUGGCUGAUAGGUUGGCUCUGGCUGGUGUUUUGACUUUCACAGUCAGUUCUGGACAAGCAGAUAAGGCCCAACUGCAGAAUGUUGCCUUUGUUCCAGAUUUGGCUUUCCAUGCAUCAAGCUUCUCUGGUUUACCAGGCCUGGCUGAACAAAUCAUGCCAGGGUUGGUAACAGUGGUUGGUGCUACCGACGUGACAGUAUUCCAAGAGGAAACUGUUGUUGGAGCUGAAAGAGAUGUUGCUUUCCUCAUUGAUGGCACAGAUAGAGUUCGAGCAGAUUUUGCCUACAUACGGGAUUUUAUCAUUAAAGUAAUCGAACCACUUGACAUUGGAGAUGACAAGGUACGAAUUUCAGUGGUUCAACACAGUGAAAGGCCAGCUGCAAGUUUUUUCCUUAACACUUAUAAAACCAAAGAUGAAGUGAUAAGAGCUGUCCAAGGACUCAGAGUGAAUGGUGGACGUAGUUUAAACACAGGAUCUGCUCUGAGAUUCAUGAAAGACACCAUCCUGUCUGGCAGUAAUGGUGGUCGUGCUUCACAAAAUGUCCCUCAGUUUCUGAUUGUUUUGACUGGAGACCGAUCUACGGAUAAUGUAAAGGAACCCGCUGGAGCACUGAAGACAGAUGGAGUUGUACCGUUUGGUGUUGGUGUCAAGGAUGCAGACCCAAAGCAGAUUGAGGCCAUCUCGCACAACCCUUCUUUUGCCUUCAACGUUAAGGAAUUCAGUGAGCUCAGCACCAUACCGCAAAGACUCAAUAAUUAUGUGAGCCUACCAAGGGAAGAGUUAGAGGUCGUCCUACAGCAUGUUGAAUUAGAAUCUCCUCAAAGAGACAUAGUAUUCCUUUUGGAUGGAUCGGAUAAUACACAAAGUGACUUCCCAGCAAUAAGGAGUUUUGUGGAACAAAUAGUAGAAACACUCACUGUUGAUGAGAACAGAGAUCGUGUUUCUGUGGUUCAGUAUAGUGGAGAUCCACAGACACAUUUCAAUUUGAACACCUACAUCGCAAAACAAGAUGUUCUCAGUGCAAUCCAACGUUUGAACCAUAAAGGAGGCAUAUCCCUCAACACUGGGGUAGCUCUUGACUAUGUAAGAAAAAAUGCUUUUGCCGAGUCCUCAGGUAGUCGGCAUCAACAAGGUGUCCCUCAGAUAUUGAUUCUGCUGAGCGGUGGAAGAUCUCAAGAUGAUGUUGCAAGUGCUGCUGCUGCUCUAAAACAGGAAAAAAUUGUUCCAUUCUGUGUGGGUACCAGAAAUGCAAACAUACUUGAGCUCCAAAUGAUCGCACAUGACCCUUCCUAUGCCUUCUCCAUAACUCAAUUUGAUGAUAUUGGGAGAAUGCAUGAUCAACUUGUGUCACUUCUAAAAAGGGUUCCUCGGCAGCAGCCAAGACAAAAAUCACAAAGUCCUUUAGCUCCUGCAGGUCAAAAUGAACCCAUUCAACGGGAUAUUGUGUUUUUACUGGAUUCCUCUGAUAAAAUGCAGAAAACCUUCAAUGCUGCUCUUGGCUUUGUUGGAAGAAUCAUGGAGACACUCAGUGUGGACAAAAACAAAGAUCGUGUUUCAGUAGUGCAGUACAGCAGAGAACCUUCUGUUGAUUUUCUCCUAAAUACAUACAACACAAAGCAAGAUGUUGCUGACAGUUUGCGAAGGUUGAGGCAUAAAGGAGGUGAACCCCUCAAUACUGGUGCAGCACUGCAGUAUGUCAAGGAUAAUGUUUUAACAGCUUCCUCUGGAAGUAGGCACCAGGAUGGUGUCCCCCAGAUUUUGAUUCUUUUAAUUGGUGGACGCUCCAGUGAUGACGUCAGAAAUGCUGCUGAAAACUUGAAUGAAAUGGGUGUAACAACUUUUGUGGUUGGAAUAGAUCAUGCAGACACCCUUGAGAUUCAGUCUAUUGCACAGAAGUCAGACCGUGCUUUCCAUGCAGCAGAUAUCAAUAAUCUAUCAGAUAUUGAACAACUAAUCAUUUCUACCAUGAAGGAGAUUAAAAACCCUGCCAUGAAACCACCAUCGCACGAUCCCAACAGAAGAGACAUUGUUUUUUUGCUUGAUGGUUCUGAUGAUUCUCAGCAAAAAUUCCCAGAUAUUAUUGACUUUGUACAGAGGAUAACAAAGCAUCUAAACGUUGAUAUAAACAAAGAUCGCAUGGCUGUGGUCCAAUACAGUGACACUGCAGAGAUUAAUUUUAACUUGAGUCGUUAUUCAACAAAGAAGGAUAUUCUUAAAGCAGUAAAUGGUCUGAGACACAAAGGGGGUUAUCCUCACAACAUUGGAGCUGCUCUCCAGUACUUGAAGGAACAUGUAUAUACCCCUAUGUCUGGUAGUAGACAUCAGGAGGGAAUUCCACAGAUACUCAUACUACUGAUUGGUGGACGAUCUGCAGAUGACAUAAGAACCCCAGUCAGAAUGAUGAAGCAAAUUGGUGCAAUUUCAGUUGUUAUUGGGACAUCUGAUGCUGACACUCUAGAGCUACAGACAAUAGCUCAUGAACCCAAGUACGCACUCCCAGUUGCUGAAUAUGGACAACUUCCUAGUGUUCAGGAAGAUGUGUUGGCAUUGUUAAGAGAGGCCUUGCACCAUGUAGAACAAAUUGCUCCCACAGCAGGUCUUGAUCCUAAGAAAAGUGAUGUAGUGUUUCUCAUUGAUGGAUCAUAUGACUCACUGAAUGGUUUUGAAGAAAUACGAAGCUUUAUUGAAAAAACUGUGGAAAGUUUAAAUUUGGGAAAUGAUAGAGACCAAGUGGCUGUUGUUCAGUACAGUCGUGAUGCCACUGCUAAUUUUUACUUGAAUUCUUAUUCUUCCAAGAAUGAUGUGCUAAAUUCCAUAAGAACAAUGAGACAUAAAUUUGGAAGACCACUGAACAUUGGAAAAGCACUGGAGUUUGUCAGAGACAACGUCUUUUCUGCUUCAGUUGGAGGCAGACGUGCAGACUUGGUCCCUCAGUAUCUGUAUGUUUUUAGUGGUGGAAGAUCUGGAGAUGAUGUCAGAGGACCAGCACAAUCACUCAAAGACAAUGGCAUCAAAACCUUUAGUAUUGGAACAGAGAAUGCUGAUACUUUGGAAAUGCAGACUAUCUCCUACACACCAGCACAUUAUUUUUAUGUCACAAACUAUAAUAAUCUACAAAGCUUAGAUCCAUCAGUGGAAGCCAUGUUGAGGGGCACUAAAGAAACAACAGAAUUUUCAACUAUUGAUACAUCUGUGACUGCAGAAGCAGGAUUCCAGAGUGCUGAUAUUGUUUUUCUCCUUGAUGGAUCUGAUGAUAUGCAACCAAGUGAACAACAAACUUUGGAAUUUGUCAGAGAGUUUGUCAAGCAAAUAGAAAUUGGGCCAAAAAAAGCACAAGUUGCUUUAAUCCAGUACAGUACAGAGCCCACAACCGAGUUUCUUCUAAACAAAUACUCACUGAAAGAUGAUAUCAUUAAUCAUUUGGACAACAUGAAACUGAAAGGAGGGUCCACUGUGAACACUGGUGUAGCCCUUGAUUAUGUGAAAAAUAAUGUCUUCACUGCUUCAUCUGGAAGCAGAGCGCUGCAUGCAGUCCCACAGAUACUGAUACUCUUCAGUGGAAGAAAUUCAAAUGAUGAAAUCUUAGGUCCAUUGGAAAGGCUCCGAAAUGCGGGAAUUGUUCUUUUUGGCAUUGGUGUGAAUAAUGCUGAUAGGUUUGAGAUGGAACAAUUAGCUCCUAGAGCAAUGUAUUUUAUAAAGAAUACUUCGGACUUUCCUCAUGUGAGAGAGCAGUUGCUGUCAGUCAUAUCCUCUCUCAAAAGUACUAUCAGCCCUGAUGUAGGUUCAAGCUCCAGCAUAAAACGAGAUAUUGUAUUUCUCAUUGAUGGAUCUGAUGAUGUCAGGAUGAGUUUCAGUGCCAUACGUGAAUUUGUUGGAAAAAUGGUUACAAGCUUUGACCUGGACCAAAGAAAAGAUAAAGUCGCAGUUGUGCAGUAUAGCAACAAUGCUGAACUUAACUUUAAUUUGGAUACUUACAAAACAAAAGUUGAUGUCCUAAAGCACAUUACAAGUCUUAAACCCAAAGGUGGAAGGCCACAGUAUAUUGGGGCAGGACUGCAGUUUGUGAAGGAUAAUGUCUUUGUUCCAAAUGCUGGAAGUCGACAACAUGAAGGAGUCAAACAAAUACUUAUUGUAUUGGCUGGUGGAAGAUCUAGAGAUUCUCCAAGAGGACCAGCCAGUAUGCUUAAAACAGCAGGUGUCACUACAUUUGCAAUUGGAUCAAGAAUGUCCAAUUCAGCUGAGAUGGAAAUGAUUUCAUCAAACCCAAAUUUCAAAUACUCGGUCCCAGACUUUGUAAAUCUGCCGCGAAUUCAAGAAAGUUUGAUGAGUCACUUUACUAAAAUGGCAGUUGAAGGGGAAACAAAGGGAGUGGUCAGACAGCCAGCAGGAAAGGAUGUGGUGUUUUUGCUGGAUGGAUCUGAUGCUACUAGAACUGGAUUCCCAGCUAUGAGAGACUUUGUCCAAAAACAAGUAGAGACACUCAGUGUGGAUGAUGGCAAAGACCGUGUGUCGGUUGUUCAGUACAGCAGCGAUCCAGCCGUCCAGUUCUAUCUGAACACUUACACCACAAAAAGAGAGGUCCUUGACAGUGUCAGAGGUUUGAGGCACAAAGGCGGACGACCCCUCAACACUGGAGCAGCUCUCCGGUACUUGAGGGAUAACGUCUUCACGGCCUCUGCCGGAAGCAGGCGUCCCGAAGGAGUUCCGCAGGUCCUAAUAUUGAUCACUGGUGGAAGAUCAUUUGACAGUAUUGAUGAACCAGCCUCUGCUCUCAAACAGCUGGGUGUCUUGACCAUUGCAAUUGGAACCCGAGGCUCUGACAGCACAGAACUUCAGACCAUAACUGGCGAGCCCAGUCAUGCUGUAUCUGUGUCUGACUUCACUGACCUUCCCAAUGUUCAAGAACAGCUCUCCUCUGUAAUGAGCACAGUGCUAAUGAGGGUCACACCUUUGACCCCAACAGUGACUGUGGUCAGACAGCCAGCAGGAAAGGAUGUGGUGUUUUUGCUGGAUGGAUCUGAUACUACUAGAACUGGAUUCCCAGCUAUGAGAGACUUUGUCCAAACACAAGUAGAGACACUCAGUGUGGAUGAUGGCAAAGACCGUGUGUCAGUUGUUCAGUACAGCAGCGAUGCAGCCGUCCAGUUCUAUCUGAACACUUACACCACAAAAAGAGAGGUCCUUGACAGUGUCAGAGGUUUGAGGCACAAAGGCGGACGACCCCUCAACACUGGAGCAGCUCUCCGGUACUUGAGAGAUAACGUCUUCACGGCCUCUGCCGGAAGCAGGCGUCCCGAAGGAGUUCCGCAGGUCCUAAUAUUGAUCACUGGUGGAAGAUCAUUUGACAGUAUUGAUGAACCAGCCUCUGCUCUCAAACAGCUGGGUGUCUUGACCAUUGCAAUUGGAACCCGAGGCUCUGACCCCAGAGAACUUCAGACCAUAACUGGCGAGCCCAGUUAUGCUCUAUCUGUGUCUGAACUGACUGACCUACCCAAAUUGCAACAGCAACUUGAGUCCCCUGUGGAAGAAACACCUAUUGAAGUCACCCCAGAAUUACCAACCGUAAUUGUUUCACGUGACAGAAAAGAUAUCGUAUUCCUUCUGGAUGGUUCUGAUGGCACAAGGAAUGGCUUCCCUGCCAUGCGUGAUUUUGUAGAGAGAGUGGUGGAGAAACUCAAUGUGGGAGAAAACAAAGACCAUGUCUCUGUGGUCCAGUACAGCAGAGAACCAGAGGUCCAUUUCUAUCUGAACACAUAUACCACAGGGGAGGAUGUGGUGGACUCGGUCAGAGGGCUUAGACACAGAGGAGGAAGACCCCUAAACACCGGGGCAGCUCUCCAAUACGUCAGAGACAACGUCUUUACAAACUCCUCUGGGAGUAGACGCCUGCAGGGUGUCCCACAGAUAUUGAUCUUGCUAACUGGGGGAAGGUCUUUUGACAAUGUAGAUAGCCCAGCCUCAGCUCUCAAACAGCAGGGCAUUUAUGUGAUUGGCAUCGGAACUAGGACCUCAGAUGCUAGAGAGCUGCAGAAAAUAUCAUAUGAGCCCAGUUAUGCUCUGUCAGUAUCCGAGUUCACUGACCUUCCCAGUGUCCAAGAAAAGCUCUCUUCUGUAAUGAACACAGUGAUAGUGAGGGCCACGCCCAUGACACCAACAGUGACCGUGGUCAGACCGCCAGCAGGAAAGGAUGUGGUGUUUUUGCUGGAUGGAUCUGAUACUACUAGAACUGGAUUCCCAGCUAUGAGAGACUUUGUCCAAAAACAAGUAGAGACACUCAGUGUGGAUGAUGGCAAAGACCGUGUGUCGGUUGUUCAGUACAGCAGCGAUCCAGCCGUCCAGUUCUAUCUGAACACUUACACCACAAAAAGAGAGGUCCUUGACAGUGUCAGAGGUUUGAGGCACAAAGGCGGACGACCCCUCAACACUGGAGCAGCUCUCCGGUACUUGAGGGAUAACGUCUUCACGGCCUCUGCCGGAAGCAGGCGGCCCGAAGGAGUUCCGCAGGUCCUAAUAUUGAUCACUGGUGGAAGAUCAUUUGACAGUAUUGAUGAACCAGCCUCUGCUCUCAAACAGCUGGGUGUCUUGACCAUUGCAAUUGGAACCCGAGGCUCUGACCCUAGAGAACUUCAGACCAUAACUGGCGAGCCCAGUCAUGCUGUAUCUGUGUCUGACUUCACUGACCUUCCCAAUGUUCAAGAACAGCUCUCCUCUGUAAUGAGCACAGUGCUAAUGAGGGUCACACCUUUGACCCCAACAGUGACUGUGGUCAGACAGCCAGCAGGAAAGGAUGUGGUGUUUUUGCUGGAUGGAUCUGAUGCUACUAGAACUGGAUUCCCAGCUAUGAGAGACUUUGUCCAAAAACAAGUAGAGACACUCAGUGUGGAUGAUGGCAAGGACCGUGUGUCGGUUGUUCAGUACAGCAGCGAUCCAGCCGUCCAGUUCUAUCUGAACACUUACACCACAAAAAGAGAGGUCCUUGACAGUGUCAGAGGUUUGAGGCACAAAGGCGGACGACCCCUCAACACUGGAGCAGCUCUCCGGUACUUGAGGGAUAACGUCUUCACGGCCUCUGCCGGAAGCAGGCGUCCCGAAGGAGUUCCGCAGGUCCUAAUAUUGAUCACUGGUGGAAGAUCAUUUGACAGUAUUGAUGAACCAGCCUCUGCUCUCAAACAGCUGGGUGUCUUGACCAUUGCAAUUGGAACCCGAGGCUCUGACCCCAGAGAACUUCAGACCAUAACUGGCGAGCCCAGUCAUGCUGUAUCUGUGUCUGACUUCACUGACCUUCCCAAUGUUCAAGAACAGCUCUCCUCUGUAAUGAGCACAGUGCUAAUGAGAGUCACACCUUUGACCCCAACAGUGACUGUGGUCAGACCGCCAGCAGGAAAGGAUGUGGUGUUUUUGCUGGAUGGAUCUGAUACUACUAGAACUGGAUUCCCAGCUAUGAGAGACUUUGUCCAAAAACAAGUAGAGACACUCAGUGUGGAUGAUGGCAAAGACCGUGUGUCGGUUGUUCAGUACAGCAGCGAUCCAGCCGUCCAGUUCUAUCUGAACACUUACACCACAAAAAGAGAGGUCCUUGACAGUGUCAGAGGUUUGAGGCACAAAGGCGGACGACCCCUCAACACUGGAGCAGCUCUCCGGUACUUGAGGGAUAACGUCUUCACGGCCUCUGCCGGAAGCAGGCGUCCCGAAGGAGUUCCGCAGGUCCUAAUAUUGAUCACUGGUGGAAGAUCAUUUGACAGUAUUGAUGAACCAGCCUCUGCUCUCAAACAGCUGGGUGUCUUGACCAUUGCAAUUGGAACCCGAGGCUCUGACAGCACAGAACUUCAGACCAUAACUGGCGAGCCCAGUUAUGCUCUAUCUGUGUCUGAACUGACUGACCUACCCAAAGUGCAACAGCAAGUUGAGUCCUCUGUGGAAGCUGCAGUUAUUGAAGUCACCCCAGAAUUACCAACCGUAAUUGUUUCACGUGACAGAAAAGAUAUCGUAUUCCUUCUGGAUGGUUCUGAUGGCACAAGGAAUGGCUUCCCUGCCAUGCGUGAUUUUGUAGAGAGAGUGGUGGAGAAACUCAAUGUGGGAGAAAACAAAGACCAUGUCUCUGUGGUCCAGUACAGCAGAGAACCAGAGGUCCAUUUCUAUCUGAACACAUAUACCACAGGGGAGGAUGUGGUGGACUCGGUCAGAGGGCUUAGACACAGAGGAGGAAGACCCCUAAACACCGGGGCAGCUCUCCAAUACGUCAGAGACAACGUCUUUACAAACUCCUCUGGGAGUAGACGCCUGCAGGGUGUCCCACAGAUAUUGAUCUUGCUAACUGGGGGAAGGUCUUUUGACAAUGUAGAUAGCCCAGCCUCAGCUCUCAAACAGCAGGGCAUUUAUGUGAUUGGCAUCGGAACUAGGACCUCAGAUGCUAGAGAGCUGCAGAAAAUAUCAUAUGAGCCCAGUUAUGCUCUGCCAGUGUCCGAGUUCACUGACCUUCCCAGUGUCCAAGAAAAGCUCUCUUCUGUAAUGAGCACAGUGAUAGUGAGGGCCACGCCCAUGACACCAACAGUGACCGUGGUCAGACCGCCAGCAGGAAAGGAUGUGGUGUUUUUGCUGGAUGGAUCUGAUACUACUAGAACUGGAUUCCCAGCUAUGAGAGACUUUGUCCAAAAACAAGUAGAGACACUCAGUGUGGAUGAUGGCAAAGACCGUGUGUCGGUUGUUCAGUACAGCAGAGAUCCAGCCGUCCAGUUCUAUCUGAACACUUACACCACAAAAAGAGAGGUCCUUGACAGUGUCAGAGGUUUGAGGCACAAAGGCGGACCCCUCAACACUGGAGCAGCUCUCCGGUACUUGAGGGAUAACGUCUUCACGGCCUCUGCCGGAAGCAGGCGGCCCGAAGGAGUUCCGCAGGUCCUAAUAUUGAUCACUGGUGGAAGAUCAUUUGACAGUAUUGAUGAACCGGCCUCUGCUCUCAAACAGCUGGGUGUCUUGACCAUUGCAAUUGGAACCCGAGGCUCUGACCCUAGAGAACUUCAGACCAUAACUGGCGAGCCCAGUCAUGCUGUAUCUGUGUCUGACUUCACUGACCUUCCCAAUGUUCAAGAACAGCUCUCCUCUGUAAUGAGCACAGUGCUAAUGAGAGUCACACCUUUGACCCCAACAGUGACUGUGGUCAGACCGCCAGCAGGAAAGGAUGUGGUGUUUUUGCUGGAUGGAUCUGAUACUACUAGAACUGGAUUCCCAGCUAUGAGAGACUUUGUCCAAAAACAAGUAGAGACACUCAGUGUGGAUGAUGGCAAAGACCGUGUGUCGGUUGUUCAGUACAGCAGAGAUCCAACCGUCCAGUUCUAUCUGAACACUUACACCACAAAAAGAGAGGUCCUUGACAGUGUCAGAGGUUUGAGGCACAAAGGCGGACGACCCCUCAACACUGGAGCAGCUCUCCGGUACUUGAGGGAUAACGUCUUCACGGCCUCUGCCGGAAGCAGGCGUCCCGAAGGAGUUCCGCAGGUCCUAAUAUUGAUCACUGGUGGAAGAUCAUUUGACAGUAUUGAUGAACCAGCCUCUGCUCUCAAACAGCUGGGUGUCUUGACCAUUGCAAUUGGAACCCGAGGCUCUGACCCCAGAGAACUUCAGACCAUAACUGGCGAGCCCAGUCAUGCUGUAUCUGUGUCUGACUUCACUGACCUUCCCAUUGUUCAAGAACAGCUCUCCUCUGUAAUGAGCACAGUGCUAAUGAGAGUCACACCUUUGACCCCAACAGUGACUGGUAAGAACAUGAGCCAUCUUCAAAUUCCAGUGUCAUGGUAGAAAACAGUGUGAAAAGAAAGGAUAUGUGUUGUGCUGUGUUAAGUCAGCCAGUGGAUUGUUUUUGUUUUGUUUUUCAAAAUAGUUGUGGUUGCAAAGAAAGAGUUCAAUUUUACCAUGUUGCUUUUUAGCUGCAAAAUAUUUGAUUGACCAAGUUAAACAUAUGGUAAAUCUCAUGUCUCUUAGUGGUCAGACCGCCAGCAGGAAAGGAUGUGGUGUUUUUGCUGGAUGGAUCUGAUGCUACUAGAACUGGAUUCCCAGCUAUGAGAGACUUUGUCCAAAAACAAGUAGAGAC